UUUCAUUUCAUGCGGCAUUUUUACUCUAUUUAUUUUGGAUGCAUAAAUUCUUAAUGCUGAGCUCAUUAAUGUGUAGUUUUAUUUGCAUUAGGAACAGGGGAUGCUACAGUGUGCAGGUUCGAUUAUUUUAUAUAAGACACAAUUCUCCAGAGAUCUGCUAAAUAGAUCCUAACCUUGUUAAGCUUUGCAAUCACCGUGAACCUGCAGAAACUAACUGGCACAAGUGCUGCAAAAGAAAGAGCUAAACAACAAGAGCUGAGGUAAGUUUUAAUUGUAAUUUCACAACAUGGUUGCAAUAUUUAAGACACGUGAGCAGCUCCCAGUCCAAUGAAUUUUUCGGCUAAGUAGAGCAUUUGACCUUAUUGACAAAUUAAAUUAAGUAUAAAUAAAUAAAAUAUGUUCAAGCUAUCUUAAAUGUUGUGUAGCAGUUAUAACUUAGUCCUGAAUUGGGCUCAGGUUAAGAAAGUACUAAAUGUAUAUAGUUUGCUUACUCAAAAACAGUUUUUGGCCAUGGUUUGGUUGUGAUUUGUGUUUCACAAUGUCAAAUAUUUUAAAAUAAUAUUAAUAUGUAUCAUAGAUUACAUAUUGUGGACAGAGUAUUGAGGCCAUUGUAAAAUGCAGCGGUUUUUCCAAGCUACCAGUAGCUUUAAAAAGCUUUAAAAUGUGUUUAACAUUUUAAAUUUUUUUUGUAGAUGUGAGCUGAGUUUCAUCGCAUCACAAAUGUCAACCUGCAAAAUCAGUUUUAUUUUGACCUGGACAGACACGGAUGCUGAUCUUGUUGAGACAGAAGGCAGCACGAACCGGAAGGCUCUAUGCGACUUUCUGCACAUCUAUGAUAACCGGCAAGAGCAGACUGCUGAUGUCAAACGUACUCCUGUCCUGCACUGGCUUCCAAAAUACAAAUGUGAGGAGGACCCACAAUUCUUCAAAGUUUGGAAUAUCAGACAGCUGUUGAAGCCUGUCAGACUUCCCACCCGUGACUUGGUGGAUGACUGGGACUUUAAUCCUUCUAACCCCUACAAACAUGCAAAAAGGAGCUUUCUGCAUCCUUGGACAUUAAAAAAGAAGGCGCCACACAAAAGCUUCGUCUGUCAACCUUUCUUAAGGCUUUAGUUUAGUGCUCCGUUGCACCUGCUGUCCACAUCAAUGCAGCUCCUUCUGUUCAAACACAGCCUCAUGGUUUACACCCCAGGGGGGAUGUGGUGUGUCUGAGCCGGGGUGCAUUUCCACCCUUCGCUGUCCUAUACAGUGGUCUAAAUCUUCAUUAUUAAUUCAUACAUGCACAGAGGGACAGCAGCUCUGCAUACUAAUGCAGACACCUGUUGCUGGAAGCUGCUGCUCUUCUCUGUGACCUUUUGCUUGUGUUGCUUUCACUUUGUUUUUAUGAGGCGGCCUCCUUUCGUGUCAGCUGUCAGCUCCAACACUUUCAGUUUAGCUUCUCCUCUACAGUAGAGUUGAAUCUAAGGAUGGAUCACCUCCUGUAACUAGGAGGGGGGGGGGGGGGGCUGUCACAGCUUGGGGGUAGCCCCAGGACAGAGGUGGGAGGGGGGGGCUUUUAAAGUUGGCAGAAACAUGAAGUCUGCAGAAAUGCUGUCCGGGGCGCAGCCGUGCUUUCAGCUGCUCCGGAUCGGGCUCUCGACGGGUGACUCUGCCCGGGACUUGUACACGUUCAGGCCGGCGCUGAACCAAUCGGUGUUCCGCCUGGGACGGGCGGCGGAGCUGUGCGACGUCACGCUGGAGUCGGCGCUGGUGUCCCGCAUCCACGCUGAGCUGCACGCCGAGAAGGAGGCGAGCGGUGAUGACGGGGAGCAGCAAGAGGAGGGCUGGAGGGUGCACAUCAAGGACAGGAGCAGUCAUGGCACAUGGGUCAACGACGUGCGCCUCCAGUCCAGCAUCCUGUGUGAGCUGUCCGACGGCGACACGCUGGUCUUUGGGGGUCAGUCCUCUCCAGGAAGCCCAGAGUUCUACUUCCUGUUCCAGAAGGUCAAAGUUCGGCCACUGGACUUUGAUGCCAUCACAGUUCCAAAGGCAGGAAUGUUCUCCUCCGACUUACAGAACCGGAUUCGAACCAAUUUAGACCGAAAAGUGACGGCAAACCUGGACCUGUCCAAGCUGUCCAUCAACCGGGCCACCGUCAUCCUCAACUCCAUCGGCAGCCUGAGCAAGAUGAAGGGCAGCGCCUGGACCUUCAAGAGGAGCCACAGCCAGGAGGGGGCCGUCUCUGACCCCGGAUGCUCCUCCCCCCCGCCUUCUGUGGGUUUCACCUCCCUGCUGCCUCCCUCCACGCCUCCGGCCGUCUCCCCUGCAACAUCGAUGUCCACUGCAAAGCCUGUGCCGGCGGCGUCCAGGAGCAGGAGGAAGUCGGCGCACACCGUCCUCCUGGAGGACGACAGCUCGGAUGAGCCCAGGAGUCGAGGAGCUUUGACGAGAAUCGUGGAUGAAGCGCCGAGAGCGCGGCCGAAGAAGAGGCGGAGGCUCUACAAGUCUGAGUCGGAGGGUUUCACUUCCCCGGCCCCACCCCCUCUCCAGGCCACGAGCCACAGCGCCAUCCGGAGGUCACUGGAGGUGAAGCCCUUCCCCGCGGGCAUCAGGACCAUCGGCAGCUUCCACGGCGCCGUGACCAACAGCCACCUCAGCCAGCAGGUCCUCCAGACCUCCAUCAGCAGCCUGUCUGUCAAGCAAGAGGUGGAGGGCUCGCAGCGCGUCAGGAUGAUGGUGCACGGCAACAUCAGCGCCUUCCGCCAGCGCAAACCCGCCCACUGCUCCCCGGCGGCACAGAGAGGGAGGCGCAGGGCCAACAGCGCGCCAGUCUUCUCCCCUCUGAUGGUGGGCGGGGAAAACUACAGCCUGGCCCCGCCUUCCGUGAGCCGCACAGGGGAGAGACGAGGCAGGAUGCAGCUCAACAGAUUUCAUCAUCCGACAAGUAAACGACGAGGCCGCCCCAGAAAACAUCCCCUUCCCCCCUGCCCGUUCCCGCCCUCCCCUUCCUCCUCCUCCUCUUCCUCGUCCACAUCCUCGGCCUCCUCCUCCUCGGGUUCCUCGACUGGCUCGUCUUCCUCUGAUGACGAGGAUGAGGAGGAAGAGGAGGGUGCGGUGGGCGGCGUGGUGGAGCCGUGUGCGGCGCCGCGGUGCCGGCUCCCCCAGCAGGACACGGUUCAGUGGAUCCAGUGCGACGUGUGCGACGCCUGGUACCACUUAGACUGCCUGCACGUGGACCGCAAGAAGCUCCUGAAGGACCCCAACGCCGACUUCCACUGCGGCUGCCGCUGACCUCCCCCCCCCUCAGAGACCGAGCGUGAGCCUCUACAUCCCAAAGCUGCCGUGGUUGACCUGUCAGACAUGUAUUUCCUGUAGUCCUAAAAGUAGAAAUCUUCCUGCUGUGGUCACUAAAGAUGGAAACGAUGCUCUCAGUUUCUUCACAAAGCUCAGGUGCAGCUCAGGCGGAGAAAGAGAAGGAGGAGGAGGAGGAGGAGAAGGAGGAGGAGGAGGAGGUGCACACUUAAUAAUAGAAGGCUGGAUUUCAUUUGGCUUUCACUGCCUGGAGAGGCCGGAUCAGAAAUAAAAAAAACCAGAAGUGGCUGAAAUCUUCCAUCUGUGGCUGCUUGGGGUCAGAGGCGGAGCGGCAUUCAAAGGAACUUAUGACACCUUUCUGAACCAGAAGGUCCCAUCUGCUCGUUCUCUGUAGGCCAGCUGUCCUCCGCUCGGUUCUUCCUCUGCGCCUUCAGUCAUAAUCAGAAGCUUUCCAGUAUUCAAACAUUAAGAAAUGCUUAAGGAGGCGCCCUCUGCAUCAUCUAAAGACGUUUGGACUGUUUGUUUCUUUUACAAACGUGUGGUGACGAAGGCCCCAAACGGCCAAAAGGAGGCCGACACCCACCACCCAUCUGAACCCCCUGACCCGUAUGUUGGUUCUGACUGCGCCCCCCUCCUGAAUGUACCCUCAGUAGCUUUGACUUCAAGCUCCACUGAAGAGACUGGUGUCGGCUGUGGCCUCACACGAACGCUAACAGGGUUUGCUCUUAUCACCUGUGGCAGAACUGCGGCUUAUUUUAGAGGAAAAAAACGCCUAAACUAAAUCAACUUUAGAUUUUUAACUUGUUAUUCCCAACCGUUCACAUACAAGGAAAGAAAGAGAAAUAAUUAUUUCAGAGUUCAGUUCAAUUUCACCCACUUUGGCCCGAUGUCGUUGGUGUUCUGGCUUUCUCGUUUUUCAUUUUCAUCUGCGUUUUACACUGAAAUGAUCUUUUUGCAUUAAGUUGCUCAUAAAUCCUCCUGCUGCUGUCGUCACACCAAACCACUUUUGUGUGCAACACCACCAAGACCUCAAACCGUCUAAACACGUCUUCGGGCUGUUUGGUUGACUUUAGUUUGGGUUUCCUAGUUGUAAAUGAAAACAAAAUGAUCUUUAAGUAAGUUUUGAAUGUUUUUUGCUGUAUAGUCUGUAUGUGGGCAUCCUACGUUCCGUGUCUUGUUAGAUUUUGAGCUCUUUGCCAACUUUUAGGGGGGAAAAAAAACAAAGUGUGGCAUCUUCACCACAUCACUCGUUAGCGCUCCUGAGUUAACGCCCGCCGUGCUGCACCUGCUCUCUGCUCUCGUGUGGCAAAGCAGGUGUGGGAAAACCGCUGGAUGCAAACUGCAUUAAAGAGGCUUGAAGCCCACUGAGCGCUUUUGGCUGCAAAGAGAACCACAGGAACCACAACCUAGACAGGUGGAACGGUCCAUUUUUGAACAAUGGGAGUUUGGAUCUGCACACUGUAUUGGUAUUAUAAAACUGUCAUCUCAUUUGGUGCACUUAAAAUGUAAUUUAGCACCGAUAGCCGUUUGGUCUAAAAUAUUACAAGCAGAAGAAGAACAAAAAUGUAUUUUAUGUUUUGUUUUUUAUAUUCCUGCAAAGAUACAUUAGCACAAAAUUUAGAAAAUUGUUUAAUUUCAUCAGCUUUUUGUCAUAUUUGCAUUCAACAAUCAUUGGGAGUUGAUGAAUGAUUUGCUUAAAAAUCUUCAAAAAAAAAAAGCUCUUUCUGUGCAGCGUUUUACUCACUAAAGCCUCUAAGUGCAGGGAAAAUUGAGAUGCAUGCUUCCAAAUUAAAUGCACAACACUUCAUGAAUGUUUAAUAA